UUCAUAACCCAGUUGAUCAGGAGAAUCAUGGCAUACUCUGCAAAGACUUCUCACCUUCUUCUCUUUGUUUUCUUUCUCUCAUCACUUGAAUCCAUUCUUGCAACAACACGAGAGGGAGAAGCUCUUGUGAAAUGGAAGAAUAGCCUAGCCCCUUCUUCUUUUCUCGAUUCUUGGUCCCUCACCAAUCUCGAAAAUCUUUGUAACUGGACUGGCAUUACUUGUAACUCUGCAGGUUCAGUCUCUGAGAUUAACCUCUGUGAGAAACAACUUGAUGGAAUGCUGUCCGACUUCGGUUUCACUUCAUUUCCAAAUCUCAAGAAUCUCACCCUGGCAGACAACUUCUUCUCGGGUCCAAUACCACCAGCCAUUGAGAAUUUAACACAGCUUCAAUAUCUUGAUUUAAGCAUGAAUAGUCUCAAUGGUCCCAUUCCGUUCCAGGUUAGCCAUCUUCAGAGGUUGCUCAUAUUAAACCUGUCACAGAAUGCAUUGCAAGCUCCAAAUUGGUCCCAUUUCUCUCCCAUGCCUGUUUUGCGCUUCCUCAAGCUCAGUAGAAAUCCUCUUGUGUCGAAAUUCCCAAAUUUUAUAUCCAAUUCUCCUAGCCUGACUUAUCUCAACCUUUCACAUAACAAGUUUAGUGGUGAUCUUGUACGUGAAUCAGUAUUUACCAAUCUGCAUCAUCUUGAAGUCCUCAGUCUCGUUGACAAUUCUUUUGAGGGGCCAUUUCCGCCAAAUAUAUUCAAGCUUUCCAAAUUAAAACGUCUUGCCCUGUCAGGUAACAAAUUUUCAGGUCCAAUUCCCAAUGACAUAAGGUUGCUAUGUGAUCUUGAAUCCCUAUAUUUAGGCAACAAUUCCUUUGAAGGACCGCUUCCACCAAAUAUAUUCAAGCUUUCAAAAUUAAAACAUCUUGUUCUUUGGAGUAAUAAGUUUUCAGGUUCUGUUUCCAAUGAUAUAGGUUUGCUUUCUGAGCUUGAAAGCCUCGAUCUUAACUCUAAUUUUUUUAAGGGGCCGCUUCCGCCAAAUGUAUUCAAGCUCUCCAAACUAAGGUUUCUUUACCUCUGGGGUAAUAACUUUUCAGGUUCUGUUUCCAAUGAUAUAGGUUUGCUUUCUGAGCUUGAAACCCUCGAUCUUGAGUCUAAUUAUUUUGAGGGGCCGCUUCCGCCAAAUUUAUUCAAGCUCUCCAAACUAAAUUUUCUUUCCCUUCAGGAGAAUAACUUUUCAGGUUUUAUUUCCAAGGAUAUAGGUUUGCUUUUUGAACUUGAAACCCUCUAUCUUGGCUCUAAUUUUUUUGAGGGGCCGCUUCCCCCACAUGUAUUUAGGCUCUCCAAAUUAAGAGAUUUGGACCUCUCAGACAAUAGAAAUUUAUUUGAAGGAAGUAUUCCUAUUGGACUGGGACUCUUGACUAACCUCAGGUACUUAGAUCUAUAUUCCACUAAUCUCAGCGGCUAUAUUCCAUCUGACAUUGGAAACCUGAAGCUACUAGAAGUUCUUGUUAUCAGUUAUAAUCAAUUGAGUGGACAGCUUUCAAAGAUCAUUUCUAAUCUCACAAAUCUUAUAAUGCUUGAUGUAAGUGAUAAUAGUCUUAGUGGAAAUAUUCAGAGUGACUUGUGGAUACAUCCAACUUUGGAAUUCAUCGCUAUGGGUGGGAACCAUUUUACGGGUGAACUUCCAAACUGUUUGGGGAAUCUUGCUGAUGGAUUGCGUGUCAUUAAUCUUGCUAGUAAUCAGUUUCGAGGAACAGUACCAACUACUUUCUCCAGGAGUUGUCAGCUGACAUAUCUAAACAUGGAUAAUAAUGAGUUUGAAGGAUUGUUGCCCCCAUCUUUGGCGAAUUGUGAGCACUUGAAAAUUCUUGAUAUUGGCAAUAAUGAAAUAGGUGGUACAUUUCCGUCAUGGCUUUAUGCACUUGGAGAUCUAGAAGUCCUUGUCUUGAAAUCAAAUAAACUCUAUGGUACAAUAAGUGGAAGGAGCAGUGAAGAUCCCUUCCCCAAGUUGCGGAUUGUGGAUCUGUCCAACAAUCAAUUCACUGGUCAUUUGCCAAUUCAAUACUUUAAGAAUAUGAAAUCAACUGAUAAUUUGUAUAGCUAUCAGCAUUCCACAGGAGUUUUUUCUUUCCUUUAUGAAGCAGCAGUGUCGUUAACUUUGAAGGGAACAGAGUAUGAAGUAGCAAAGAACCUUCAUAUUUACACAGCCAUUGAUCUGUCGUGCAAUAAAUUUCAGGGAGAAAUUCCAAAGGUUACUGGAGAGCUUAGAUGGCUUGCAUUGCUCAAUUUAUCGCAUAAUAGUCUGACAGGACCUAUCCCAUCGUUGCUGAGAAAUAUGAAAGAACUCCAAUCUUUAGAUUUGUCCUCAAAUCAACUGACAGGGGUCAUUCCACCUCAGUUAACUGCAUUGACAUUUCUAGAGGUCUUAAACUUCUCGAAAAACCAUCUCAGUGGAGAGAUUCCUCAGAAAGGACAGUUCAGCACAUUCAAUAAUGAUUCUUAUCUUGGAAACUCUGCGUUAUGUGGAUCACCUUUGACGAAGAAAUGUGUAAACACUGUAUCACCUCCACAGGAAGUCGGAAAUGGUGAUGAAGAUGAUGCGGGUGAUGAAUUGACAUGGGAAGCAAUCGUGAUGGGAUAUGGAUGUGGACUGAUAUGUGGAUUGUCAUCUGCGUACAUUGUUCUCAAACUAGGAAGGCCUUGGUGGUUUGUGAGAUAUAUCGAAGUACUGCAACUGAAGUUGAUGAAAAGAUAUGCAUGAAGAAAGGUACUGGUCGAUCAAGACGAAUUUGAAAGUUGUUGUCCUUGUGGACAUUUCUGAACCUGUAGUGUACUAGCUGCAUAAGUAUUUGGUAUUAUGUAAUAAUCCGUUUGGUCGGGACUCAUAAUGAUUUCUCUUGCUUCAGGGGUAUUUAUAUUAACCUUGGUAUUGUGUCCUAGCUGUAAUAUACUGUUUGGUCGGGACUCAUAAUCAUAUUUCUUGCUGGGUAUUAAUAUUAA